UCACAAGUUCUCCUCACACAUCCUCAGCUUCACUUCCUUCAUUCUGUCUUUCUUCAUCCACUUGUUUUCAUGAUCUGACUCCAUGAUCUGCUCAGCGGACAUGAUGAGGACCACAGCCUUCCCCGUUCUGUCUUUAUUCGUCCUGAUUCUCCUGAUUCCUGCAUCGUCUUCUUCUACGAGUUCAACACCACCCAACUCCACCAAUCACUCCUCUACCGCUCCAAAUAAUACACCAUCUGGUUCUGGAGAAAAUUCUUCAUUUAAUAAUAUACCAGCAGGGAAAGAGGUCAGCAACACGACUCCUGCAGCAACACCCACAAAUAAGCCAUCAGCCACAUCACCACAAGUCACUAAAAUUAGCCAGCGUCACCAAUCCGCCUCAACAACAACCAGUCCCUCCAGCACAAACAGUAGAUCCUGGAUAGUUGUGAGUCUGCUGCUCAUUGUGGCGUUGAUGCUGGUUGUGGGAUGCGUCCAUCACAUAAAGAAUCAGCAGCCAGAUGAGGCAAGCUGUGUCGAUAGGCUUGUACUGGGUCUGAGAGACAGACUGAGGUCCGGGAUCAGACACCUGGAGGACCGUUUGGGUGUUCGCCUGUGGCCUGGAGGGAAGACAGGAGAGGAGGACGAUGUGGAAGAAGUGGAUGGAGGACAGACAGAGGAGGCAGAACAGGAAAGAGGUGGAGAGGGAGAAGCAAGUAGCAGUGAAACGAGCGAUGAAGACAAGGAAGAACCCAAGGAGGAAGACAGCGAAACUUCAGACGAAAGCUCUAGUAUGGAGGGGGAGGAUCUGAGGGGGAGUGUGCUGAACAGACAGGAGGAAGAGGAGAACAGCCAGAGCAAGACCAAUGAUGAAGAGGACACCAGCAGUGCUAGUGAUGGAGGUCAGAGUGCUGCAGAGCAAGACGGCAGUGGAGAUCAAAAGGCAGGCUCAGAAGAGAUCGCCCUGAUCAGCCGUCCACAGGAAGACGACGGAAACACUGAUUUAUGCGAUGUUACUGUGCUGUAGAGAGACAAAGCAUGUGUCAUGUCAUGUAUGAGAAAUCUAAUCAGAAUGUAUCGAAUUACCUUCAAAUAAACUGUUCCAACGUCUGUGUUCAA